UUGUUAUAGGGCCAAUUCUGUAAACAACUGUUAAAUUUUAAAGCAUGGUUAAAAAUUAAACUAUCCGCUAACUUCAUUUUACUAUUCUGUAUGCAUCAUAAGCUUUAAAAUAUUAACGGAAGACGGUUAAUUUUAGCCGAUAUAUGUUGAAAUUUAAACCCUACUAUAGACUAAGACUUCAAAACAUUUUUGAUAGUGGAAACCUCAACAAAUACAACCGAAUCGAUUUAAAUUUUAGUGAAUAAUAUAGAAAUGGCUUUGAUAUUUGAUGUCUUAUUAAUGAAUGAAGAAAUUCGAAAUCAUAGGAACGCACUUAGAAAGAAACAGUAUAGGAGAAUUCAAAGAAAUUUGAGAGAUAAUUCAAAUCCUUUCGAAUUGCCCGAUAAAAUAUUCACCAAGCUUUUCAGACUUGAUAAAGAAACUUGUCAAUUAAUAAUUCAUUCAAUAUCUGAACAUAUGCAUGAUAGUCAAAGAUCAACAUUUGUUCCUAAACAUCUCCGCAUACUAUGUACUUUGCAUUUUCUUGGUCAUGGCAGUUACCAGACACCUACAGGUCAGCUUCAUCAAAUUGCAUUGAGUCAGCCAAUGGUCAGUCGCAGUAUUGCAGAAGUUACAGAUCUUAUAGUCAAACAUUUAUUACAUAGGUACAUUAUAUUUCCGGUCGGAGAAAACAGAAAUAGGGUACAGGACACUUUCAAUGAAAAGUUUCCUCAUUUUAAUGGGUUAUGUGGUGUGAUUGACUGCACUCAUAUAAAAAUUAUAUCUCCUCCUGUUAAUCAUUCUGUGCACCCUGCUGCACCAUAUUACUGUCGCAAAGGAUACUACAGCAUAAAUACGCAAAUUUUAUUUUUUGAACAAAUAAAAAUAAGGUUAUUAUCUACUUUACCGCCCAGUCACCGAUUUGCACAGUGAUUCUGUUGCUCUGUCACUAAUAAAGGUUAGAAAUCAUGGAUCAUUGAUCUACUUUUCGAGUUAAAUAGUUCAAAUGAAUCAAGUACGAUUUGUCAACACUGCUUCAUUCAACCACAUUUAACACCACCGUUAAAAUGAAUGAUUUUAAAGGAUUCUUUAAAUAUUGACGUUAUAGAAUCGGAAUUGGGUUAUAUUCAAUUAACAGAAUGUUAAAAUAACAUUUUUUAACGUGCCUUUAAUUUUUAACCAUUUCUUAUAGAAUUGACCCUUAA